AUAAUGCAUUGGUUUAACGGGAUGCUCGUGAAUAUUGUCGGUCAGUUCCAGCGCACAUUUCGGACCAUUUGGACGUAAGGAUUCCGGUGAUAGUGGCGCGUAUCGCGAGCUCGCCGUGUAUUUGUGGGGGGUUCUGGCGGUUGUGUAAGGUUAUCGCAUACAUCAGUUAAGUGAUUGCAGUGAAACAGUUGCAAAUCAUUGAGUGCAAUAGUGAAAUAUUAUUGGAAAAUCAAACGUGGUGAUUGUUUUUAUCGUUACGUCAGUGAUAAGGGAUUUCCCGCGAAGAAUCUUUAACGCGAUCGUCCCGGCUACUGGAUGCGGAAAUGCUGUCACUAGUGCUAAUAUUGCUGUCGCUGCACUCGAUAGGUCAAAUUGCGUGUCAGGGAGAAAUCGUUUAUCCGCUCGAUGCUAAUGACGGAGAUCCGUGCACGCUGACCAGUGGUGGAGUUGGCCAAUGUCAGAGGUUCAGCGAAUGCGGUAGAAAGUAUUCUGAUCGGAGAACUAUUUGUGGCUUCUUCGGGAAUGAGCCCAUCAUUUGCUGCGAUGUGGUCCGUCGGCAGUGCGAAGGGAUUCGUCCUACUAUGAGAAGAAUAUCCGAUCACGUCGUGGGAGAUGUCCACACGGCGGACGUUGGCGAGUUUCCGUUUAUGGCACUGAUAACGUACAUUAACGCUGGAUAUGAAGUUGGUGAUGAAGACUUAUCCCAUCAUCGCUGUGGCGCUGCUCUGCUAUCCACACGUUUUCUGUUGACCGCUGCACAUUGCAUUAAAACCGAUUUAAUACCCUACGCAGUCAAACUGGGAACCAAUGAUGCAACCGAUGCAGGAGCGGAUUCGUAUUUAAUUGACACAGUUUACGUGCAUGAAGAGAAUAAGAAACGGCAGAACGACAUCGGUAUAGUUAAAUUGGUAAAGGACAUUGCACUAAAUGAUCAGAUCAAACCAAUAUGUGUUUACACCAACCCGGAAGAACUAUCCGAAUCGGUGGAUUUAACCGUGAUGGGUUGGGGAAUAGGAAAUGACGAAGAAUUGUCCGGUGUGCUCCUCAAAGGAACCGUUCACCCAGUGCCGCGUUCGAUCUGUCAAGCAAGGUUUAAUGCAGGGUUGUCAAAACGCAUCCAACUGCAGGACACUCACAUGUGCGCACUGGGAGAUAAAAACGAAAAUGGUACAGCUACCGACACGUGCCAGGGAGAUUCCGGAGGUCCGAUGGUAUUGAAGGAGGAUGAUCAGAAUUAUCUCGUUGCGAUCGUAUCAACUGGUCAAGGCUGUGGAAGCGAGCACUACGCCGGGGUAUAUACGCGAGUAAACAAGUUUCUGCCGUGGAUUAUAGAAAAAGGAGUUUUUCUGAGCCUCUAGAAUUGGAAAUUGUUUCAAGGAUGAAUUUUCAAAAGAACGUAUCGACGAUCGUGAUAAAUAUUUAAACGUCAAUUUGUGGAAACUCUUAGCUUGCCCAGGUAAACUAACACCACCAUCACUGCCGGUAAACGAAUAACUGACACAUGGGUUAUGGGAUUUCCUGCUUCCCCUGGCAAAACAGAUAGGUUAAAGUUUCCCAAAAUGAUGGUGAUGUAAGUUUACGUAGUAGAGCUAAUCUUGAACUCGUUUACAAAAACAGAUAAGUCUUUUUGAAAAUUAAUCCUUCAAUUAGUCAGAUCAUAGCCGAAUUUUAAAAUAGUCAAUAUGUCAGAGCGAUAACCUAGUUACCACGAUGUGCCAUACAAUUAUUAAUAAUAUGUAUUAAAUAUGUUGUACACACUUUGAUUACUUUUAGAGAAUGCCUAUUUUUGUCCAAACAAACAGUGAUUUUGUGAUUUUCCAGUAACUGACUCGGGAAAUUCCAAGCUUUCGGUAAAAAGCAUAUAGGAUAAAUCGAUUUAGUGUCGGCCUAAAUGCCCCUAAUUUGAGCCCAUUCAGCAAUCGACUUUUUCCAGAAAUGUCUAUAGGUACCGUCCCAAUGACGUGUUCAUUUAGAUAAAAUUGAUAAAUAGCUGAUUUUUAGCGAUGGGCCCAAGCUUAGAUCCAUAGGCCUAUAUGAGAGCCAUUUCCCCUACAGGGCGACUGAAUGUAAAAGACCAAUAAUCCAUCAUCAUUCUCUGCUUGACCGUCAAGCAGUACAGUUCGGCUUUUUACUCGCUCUCUCGAGUUGUACGCAAGUUCGUUGCGAUAGUGUUCGCGGUGUUCGGUGAAGCAUCGCACGACCCCAGCUUGGGGAAACCGCCGCGUGUUGACGUGAUCGCUAUUCCGGCCGAGAAACAAUCCCGAUCGGACACCGCCAGUGCACAAUUGGCAUCGAAGAAGCUGUUGACGAACAAUCGUUACGCCAUCCUGGAAAAAGGCGAUGCACCGAAGGUGGAAAAGAAAGGAGAAAGUUUCACCGUUCUUCGUAAAAGGAUUCCCGGAUGGCUUGCGGGAAAAAAUCGACUUUUACAUCGGUAAAGGUCUCAAGUGCACCAUGCGCCUGUGCACUGAAGGCAUCAAUCACUACAAGGCCGUCGAGACGUUGCUGAAGCAGCAAACCGUGGAGUAGAUGGUCCUGCGUGGCCUUCUCGACAUGGAAACAGAGAGAGUAUUAUGGCAAGCUGCACGCACCUGAUGCCUGCGAGCUAAUGGAGAACGCAGACCUAAAUGUGCCAAUUGUGGUGCAGCACAUUGGGCAACCAGCAAGGCAUGCCCGAAGCGAGCGGAAUUCAUUGAUAUCCACAAUAAAGCCUCUAUCCAGCAUCAACCUAGUCGCAGAAGGGUGCCGGAAUACAACGGGCAGAACUUUCCUGCCAUCCCUCAACGGUGCCAAAUUCCGGUGCUACUGUCACUUCCACUCAACAACUAUUUUGCUGCUGGUACUGCUACAUUGAUCCGUCCAACAACCGCUGCACCACCUCCGCAAACGAACGAGAACACAGACAUCAGCGGAACUUGUAACAGAACAGAUUCAUGAUGCCGUUUCCCUCAUCAACAAGUAUGGACCGUGAAACCAUCAUAAUAGCAAAUUGGAACGCUUGCUCGCUCAAGAGCAAGAACAUCGAGUUCGUUGAGUUUCUCAAUGAACGAAACAUCGACAUUGCCGUCAGAACUGAAAGCCCUCUGAAGCCCGAAAUUAACGCCUACCAAUAUCCCGGGCCUGGGAACAACACGUGCCAGUAUCCAGACAGGUGAGUAACACUC